UCUCAAUCAGCUGUUUUGUUUCCCUGAACAAUUUUUACUUUUUUCCCCAAAUCAAAAAACUAAAUAAACAAAAUUACAUUGUUUCGUUUCGUGAAUCAAAAAGGGACAAAUAAAUAUUGUGUGUUUUAAUAAAAAAGUAAACGAAUGUCAAUAAAUUGAUCAUGGACGGAUGUGAAGAGGAAGUUUCGUGUUUAUCAGAACAAAUGCAAAUGUGUUCCACGAGUGAUUCUAAUCUUAACACAGAAUCAUCAAUUGAUUCACGUGUUAUAGAGAAUAAGAGAAAAUUUGAUAUUCGAAAAUUGCAAACAAACAAUAUAAAACCAAUAAAUAUGCCGGAGAAAAUAAUCUUUAUUAUCGAUGCAACAAUUGAACAGCAAGCAACACAAUUUGAAUUAGGUCGUGGCGAUAGAUUCCCACCAUUAUUUAUGAUUAAACGAAUUGUCGAGAUAUUCAUAAAUAUAAAAUCAUCAAUUAAUCGACAUCACGAGUACAGUUUAUUUAUAUUAAAUGGCAAUACAAUUCAUCGCGUUAAUGGAUUUACAAAUAAUACCAUUGACUUUUUACAUCUUAUUGAUGAUAUCGAGGAAUUUCCCGAGGAUUCGCCGUCCUUUGAUUUGAGUAAUUUGUUUAAUUGCGUUGACGAUGCAUUUAAGACGAGUGUAAAUUGUGUUACACGUGUUAUAUUGAUUUACUGUCGUUCGCAUGCUGUUCCAAAAUUUUCAAUAAGGACAAGUUUCGAAGGACUGAUGAAGAAGCAGCAUUUCUUUUUAGAUAUUCUUUAUAUACACGAACAUCCGAGUGAACAAAAUAAAUGUGAUACGAUUUAUGCAUCAUUAAAUGCAUUGGAUGUGAAAAGUUCUGCGUAUAUUUUUGAAGUCGGAAGAAAUGCAACGAGACUUCACGAUCAUAUGGUGAAAUUAGUGGCACAUCCAUUUCAAAGACCACUACAAAGGGAUGCACAUUACUCGCUGCAAAAUCAUUUGGCAUUUUCGCAAAAGGAACCGCAUACAAAUGUGUGAUCAUUGAACUUUAAGAAUUCUUCUAGCGAAAAAGUGUUUUUAUGUUAAAAGAAGAAUAUUAAAAAGUUUACUUUAAAAAUGUUUAAUUUAAAGAAGAGAAGAUUAUGGACACUUAGUUAUAAAUUCACGAAAAAUAACUAAAUUCGUCAAAUUAAUGUGUUAAAGGCAAAAUGUUUUUUAUUUGAAACUUGUAUUCUG